AUUAGGCUUCUCCUCCCUGAAGCCACUCUCUCUCUUCCCCCAUUUUUCCGAGGUCGUUGACACACCUCGUUUCCAAGCCCUAAUAUAUCGCUUUGUCGGGAAAUUAUUGUGAUUUAAGAGCGUAAAUUAAACAGAAAAAUGCAGCAUCAGAGGCUGAAGCAGCAGCAGCAGCAAGCUUUGAUGCAGCAAGCUCUUCUUCAGCAGCAGUCUCUCUAUCAUCCUGGCCUCUUAGCUCCUCCCCAGAUUGAGCCAAUCCCUAGUGGAAAUCUACCUCCUGGUUUUGAUGCAAGUACUUGCCGCAGUGUAUAUGUUGGAAACAUCCAUGCACAAGUAACAGAACCACUUCUUCAAGAGGUUUUUGGUAGUAUUGGUCUCGUUGAAGGGUGUAAGCUUGUGAGGAAGGAGAAGUCAUCCUAUGGAUUUGUCCACUACUUUGAUCGAAGAUCAGCUGCCCUUGCUAUUUUGUCACUCAAUGGGAGGCAUUUGUUUGGGCAGCCUAUCAAAGUUAACUGGGCAUAUGCUAGCAGUCAGAGGGAAGACACAUCAGGUCAUUUCAACAUUUUUGUUGGUGAUCUUAGCCCUGAGGUCACUGAUGCUAUGUUGUUUGCAUGCUUUUCUGUUUACUCCAGUUGCUCAGAUGCUAGGGUUAUGUGGGAUCAGAAGACUGGGCGAUCAAGAGGGUUUGGGUUUGUUUCCUUCCGAAACCAGCAGGAAGCUCAAAGUGCAAUCAAUGACUUAACUGGUAAGUGGCUUGGGAGUAGACAGAUACGUUGUAACUGGGCAACCAAAGGUGCUGGCGUGAAUGAAGAUAAACAGGGCUCAGAUACCAAAAGCGUGGUAGAACUAACAAAUUGCUCAUCUGAAGAUGGUAAAGAGUCUGUAAAUAAUGAGGCUCCCGAGAACAAUCCUCAAUUUACUACUGUAUAUGUGGGUAAUCUUGCUCCAGAGGUCACUCAACUUGAUCUACACCACCAUUUUCAUUCUCUAGGUGCUGGGGUGAUAGAGGAGGUCCGAAUUCAGCGGGAUAAAGGAUUUGGUUUUGUGAGGUAUAAUACUCAUGCUGAGGCAGCUCUGGCUAUUCAGAUGGGCAAUACUCGGUCUUUUCUUUGUGGCAGACAAAUAAAGUGCUCUUGGGGGAACAAACCCACACCACCAGGAACAGCUUCAAAUCCACUUCCACUACCGGCAAUUGCUUCCACUCCUGGCCUUUCAGCAACUGAUCUUUUGGCUUAUGAACGGCAACUAGCAAUAACCAAGAUGGGCGGUGUCCAUGCAGCACUCAUGCACCCUCAGGGGCAUCAUCCCCUGAAGCAGGCGCCCAUGGGAAUCGGUGCAGCCGCAGCUAGCCAGGCUUUAUAUGAUGGCGGCUUCCAGAAUAUCGCUGCCCAGCAACUCAUGUACUACCAGUAGUAAAUAUGGCUUAUCGUUUGUUUGAUGAAACCUAUCUAUGUUGACUGCCUUCUGCUGAGAUUAUUUGAGUCUUCGGUGUGCGGUCUAUCUCUGAGUCUCGGUCAGAUUCUUCUUUUGCACCUUCCGCGCACCAUAUAUAUGGGAAGUAUGUUUGUCACACCUUUUUUCUUCUUCUUUUGUGUGUUAGUAGGGGUUAGUGGCUAUGAAUAUUAGAGGGAGUUGGUUGAUCAACCAGAAAGUAAUCUGUUACUGUGUUUUCUUCUUGUAUUACCGAAUUAUUACAGGGUAAUAUUAUGUAUGAUGAACAACAGCCCCAGCCCCUAAAAGAGAGGAGCCAGUAAAGAAAGCAGAGACCAUACUGCAACAGUUCGUUCUUUUUCUGGAAGUGGGGUGGGGGUGUUUAGGGUUUAGGCUCUUCAUGAUUACUAUAGAGCUCAAAAUAAAUUAAUGAUUGAUUUUACUUGGAUGAUA